CUCUCAUUUCAGAAAUACUCCACAAAGUCCUAUAAAAUUAAUCAAGUUAUCAAUGGCCUCAAUCAAAUCCUACAUCACAACUUUACUUGUUGUUGUGACAAUGUCAAGCAUGUGCCUAGAAGCCCGCCAUCUUUUGCAAACAACCUCACAACAGCCUAAUUUGCCUAACAUUCCCACUUUACCAAAACCAACAACAACAUUGCCACCUUUGCCUUCAAUUCCAACAUUGCCUCAAGUAAGUUUUCCACCAUUGCCAGUGCCAACUACCAUUCCAUCUCUUCCUAAACUCACUAUGUCACCACUUCCUACCUUUCCUACAAAUAUUCCAUCUCUCAACAUUCCACCAUUGCCAUCAGUCACUUCACUUCCCAACAUUCCCACCUCAAUCCCAACCACUUUCCCUUCCAUCCCAUUUCUCUCCCCACCACCUUCUUCAACCUCGAAUCCUUAAACACUUCUUCGCUUGUUAUCUUUGCGUGCAAUAGACAUUGCAUCAUUUCUUUAUCGUGUGUGAUUAAAUUGUUCGAGGUUGUAAUGAUAUUGCUAUAUUUAUUGGAUUGUAUGGUGUAUGAAAGUCUGUAUUUUUUCUUUCGUUCUACUUACCAGUGUGUCACUAUUGUUUCUAUUUUUAUAUUUAUAUUUGUAUUA